AUGCAGGUGGUUCUUGACUUGGAUGAUACUUUAGUUUGUGCAUAUGAGACAUCAAGUAUGCCGACAAUCAUGCGUACCCAGGCAGCAGAGGCUGGGUUGAAGUGGUUUGAGCUCGAGUGCGUAUCUUCGGACAAGGAAUAUGAUGGCAAACCUAAGAUCAACUAUUUCACAGUUUUUGAACGUCCUGGACUACACGAGUUUUUAAAACAACUUAGCGAAUUUGCUAAUCUGGUUUUGUUUACUGCUGGACUUGAAGGAUAUGCAAGACCCCUUGUUGACAAAAUGGAUCCUGAGAAUUGGUUUAGCCAUAGGCUUUAUCGGCCUUCAACUAUUAGCACGGAAUUCCGGGAACAUGUGAAGGACCUGUCAUCCAUAUCAACGGAUCUAUGCCGGAUUGUCAUUGUUGAUAACAACCCAUUCAGUUUCUUGUUACAGCCUUUAAAUGGGAUUCCGUGCAUUCCAUUUUCUCCUGGACAACCCCAUGACGAGCAGCUUUUGGAAGUAAUCCUUCCACUUCUCAAGCAUCUCUCUGAGCAGAAGGAUGUAAGGCCCGUGCUCCACGAAAGGUUUCAAAUGCCUGAAUGGUUUCAAAACCAUGGAAUUCCCGCUUAUCGAUUUAUGGAUUGACAAAUAUAUGAUGAUCUUGGCAAGUGAAAUUGUUGCUAUUCAGGGAGACACCUAUACUCUUAUAUGUUGUACAAGGUUAGUACUUCUUCACCAGAAGAACGAAUUUUUGUAUAGCUUAUUUGUGCAGAGCAGUAACCAUCUACGAAGUCCCAACUUCCUCAUGGCUCACUUGAUGUUCUCCACUCUUCAUUGCACACAUAAGUAUUACUGUGGAAAUCUUUUAAAUUCUCGUGUAACUUUGUUCAUAGCAUCCGAUGUCGGAAGAUAUUUGAUCACCUAUAAUUAUACCUUCACCAAAAUUUAUGUAUAUAUUUGAUGCCUAGAUACUCUUUUCAGUAAUUAGAAGUGUUAACUUGUUUAAA